AUGUCGACCUGCAUGGUUGUGCUCGCCAUCGCGACUUCCGCGUCCCUUACCGUCCCGGACCUGGCUCAAAUCAUCGACCAGGCCAGUUUCAACUUCCUGCCCACCGUAACGCCCACAGACCUCACGAAUGACAGCCUGGUCUUUCAGCCGCCGGGGGUGCCUGAAGCCGACCUAGCGGCCAAGCCCUUUCACAUCUAUGACGAGGAGUUUCUCUCCAUCCUGGGCGACAACCCCACCUUGACACUGAUUGCGGAGAGUGCCUCAAAUCCCUUGUAUCAUGAGGCUGUCGUGUGGAACCCGCCGACGGACGAAGUCUUCUUCGUUCAGAGUGCUGGUGGCACAGGCUCCGGCACCGGCUUAAAUAAGUCUGCCAUUAUUCAAAAGAUCAGUGUGCCUCAGGCGGCAGCUGUCUCACAUCUUCGAAAUGCCUCUGGCCUGGUCAAUGUCACGGUCGUGCCCUCCACGCCUACUGUGAUCAACCCCAACGGAGGGACAUAUUACAAGGGCAAUCUUCUCUACGUUACAGAGGGCCAAGGCAAAAGUGUACCGCCCGCAUUGUACCUGAUGAAUCCGCAAGCGCCAUACAACACCACCAUCAUCCUGAACAACUAUUUCAACCGGCAAUUCAACUCGCUCAACGACAUCGCGGUCCACCCGGUCAACGGCGAGAUCUAUUUCACCGAUUCCCUCUACGGUUAUUUGCAAGACUUCCGACCAGCGCCUACCAUCCGGAAUCAAGUGUACCGCUUCAAUCCCAAGACUGGAGCCGUGUCAGUCGUGGCGGACGGCUUUGACUUGCCAAAUGGCUUGGUUUUCUCGCCAGAUGGGAGAUAUGCCUACGUGACGGACACGGGUGACAAGCAAGGGCUGCGCGGCACUGAUAGUCUCGCCCCCGCUACCAUAUAUCGGUAUAACGUCCAGGGUGAUGGUACGUUGGAGAAUCGGAAGGUCUUUGCUUUCGCAGGUUCCGGACAUCCCGAUGGCAUCCACUGCGACUCCAAGGGCAACGUAUGGUCUGGCUGCGGCGAUGGGGUCAACGUGUGGAGCCCCGCCGGGAAACUCCUGGGGAAGAUAUAUAUGGGCGGUUUCCGAACGGCGAACUUUCAAUUCGCCGGAAAGGGUUGCUUGAUUAUCACCGCCGAGACGCGCCUCUACUAUGCAACCCUGAGCGCGUCAGGAACUCGACUGACAUAGAGCCCUGCUUUGCCUGCACCAUGAAACCAUGAAAUUGAAGCCGGAACAGUGGGAGUUACUGAUGGAGCUUGGCCAACGCAUAGUAUGUACUAGGUAGGGGUAGGUGAAGGUGGAUACGCACCCUCUCUG